AUGACCAUGGUGAGGACGGUGGUCGGCCGGGAGAGGAGCGGCGGCGUCAGGCAGUACAACCGGUCCAAGGUGCCUCGCCUCAGAUGGACGCCCGAUCUGCACCACUGCUUCGUCCACGCCAUCCACAAGCUCGGGGGCCAGGACAAGGCUACGCCGAAGCGAGUUCUGCAGCUGAUGGGAGUUGGAGGACUCACCAUAUCUCAUGUCAAAAGCCAUCUGCAGAUGUACAGAAAUAUGAGAAAUGAUCUUGGAAUGCAAGGGUCGACGAUGCAGCAGGUGCCCCGGCCGGAUCAGGAGCACCUAUACGGAGGAAGCGGCAUGCAUAUGGAGCUCUGCAGUCAGGAUACACAGCAGCAGCAGUGGGAUCAUGAGUGCGAUGGCCCCUGCUGCUGCAUCUGCCGCUCGCCAAAGCCUAGAAAGGAGCCAAUGCUGCCGCUGCUGCUUCACCCCCAACUGAAAAGCAUGCGUGAACUAACCAUGCGUGUGCAACCAAACAACAGGACGGAGACGAGGCGUGAGCGGGAGGAGGAGGAGGAUUACGGCGGGAACGCGAGCCCCAAGAGCCUGCUGCGAGGCCCAGGACCAGGAAUAUGUGAGGGCGACGGGUCAUCGCCGCCGCGCCUCUACUGCGCCCUCGCAGCAGCAGCAGGUGGCUACAACUACAUGCGCAUCAUGCAAGCGGCCAUGGGAGGCAUGGCUGCUGCUCCUGGUGCUCCUCCUCCUCACGCGGAGCCGGAGGUGGAGCCCCUGCAGGGAGCGGGAAUAAAGCGGCAGCGGCAUGAGGCGCGGCCCGCCGCGGCAUGCGGCGGACACGCCGCCCCUGCCCCUCCUCCCAACAAGCUCUUCACAUUCUUGGGCUUCGUGGUGGCGCCGGGGCCGGCCGCCUGCCGCCGUGACCACCCUUUUGAGAUAGCCAGCAGGACCCGCGUCCCCCGCACGGCGAACCGGUUGCCGUGCAGCGUCGACACGCCAAGCAACAAGGCCGUCGUGCGCCGAGGCGCCAAUAAUCCGCCGCCGUCGGUCGCUUGGGCACACGACGACGACCACGGCUGCUCGCUAUCGCUGUCCCUGGCGCUGGACACCGGGAGCGGGCGGUGCUGCACGCACGGCGGCGAGGAGGGCAGCCUGCUGUCGCCGACGACGUCGUCGGCGGGGAGCCGGAUCAGCCUCGACCUGUCGCUGUCCACGUCGAACUGA